UCGCAUUAUACUCGCUCGCUUGUCACUACAAUAUGGCCAACGGCUGAUUGCGAGUAGUGUCACCAUCUUUGUCGGCCUGGUGAUCGUCGCCAUUGCUUGUGCUGUGGCAUAUGUCUUUGCGCCUAAGGGAGAGAACCAAACCGUCUGGCGGUCCUCCUUGAUCCUCACGUUCGUUGCUAUGUAUCUCAUGUGGGCUUUGACUCUGUUGGCUCAGCUGUAUCCGCUCAUCGCGCCGCGGCGGACGGAUUUGCGACCGGAACAUGUUAAGAUGUUUUAGACGGGAAUGGACUGGAGGGGCAGUGAGAUAUACCUACAUUCAGCAGGCAAUGGGAAAGGAGGGACUGGCAUUGAUGAUGUUGUACACUACGGUUUUUUGUGUUUUGCGAUUUUUUUGCGCGUUUGUUGCGCACGUCU